UGAUAUCCAGACCGACUUAUAUAUAUGGAUAUGGUGAAACAGCCGGUUGUAGUAGAGUAGUGGAGUACACAGAGCUGAACUUCGAUAAUUUGAUUGAACAAAAUGGAAAUAACCGCCCAUUCUCUUUCCCAUGCCAAGCUUCCAAAGCCUCCAACUUUACAUUCUAAAGCUUCUUUUCUUGCUUCUAGUUCACUCCCAUUUCAGUCCUCUUCUAAGAGCUUUUUCGCACAUGCUUCUCAAGCUCAAAGCCCUCCAACACAUGUUGCAGACAGAUGGCUUCUUGAACCUGUUGAUGGAAAGUCACAAGAACUUGGAAGAAAAACAUCCAUGGUGUCUUCUGCUCUACCUGAAACAGCUGCUUCUGUGGCAAUUGCUGCCACAAUUGUUGGUGCAGCAGCUACCCUUCUUGUAAGGAGAAGUAAGGCGUCUGAGGUCACUGAGUUACGUUUGGAAGUGUGUGGAGAUUGUGCUGGUUCUGGUAUAUGCUCUGAAUGCAACGGUGAAGGGUUUGUGCUUAAGAAAUUGUCUGAGGAAAGCGCUGAGAAGGCAAGAAUGGCAGCAAAGACUAUGGCCACACGAUACACAGCAGGGCUUCCAAAAAAAUGGAGCUACUGUACAAAGUGCUCCUCUUCCCGAUCCUGUAGUACUUGCGGUGGUCGUGGGAAGUUAAGCUACUAGUUUUGCUCUAAAGUCUGUCCUUCCAAUAAAGCAGGCAUUAACUUCAAUGCAUUAUGGAAAGAUACAUUAGCUUACAUUCACGAAGAUUGGAAGCGAGUUACUUCGUUUUUCUGUACUUUAUUUUUUGGUAAGUACUUUGUUACACUUCAAUUGAUGGAUGAUGUACAUUUUUUUUUUUUUGUUAGAAUUGUUGCUCUCGCCAUGCUAUGUAACUUGAUAACUUCAUCAGAUAUACUUUCAUUGAUGAGCAAUGUAUAUG